GAGCCGGCCACCCCCACGCGCGCCGGGUUCUCCCGCCGCCGCACCCCUCCCCGAGACCUCCCGCCAGCGGCGGGCCCAAGUCCCAGGCUCCCGCCCCCAGCCCGGGCCCGCCGACCUGCCGGGCCGGCGCAGGCCCCCACCUCUGGAGCACCAUGUUCCCCCGCCCGCUGACCCCCCUGGCGGCCCCAAAUGGCGCCGAGCCCCUGGGCCGGGCACUGAGGCGGGCCCCGCUGGGCAGGGCCCGGGCCGGGAUUGGGGGACCGCCCCUGCUGCUGCCGUCCAUGCUGAUGUUCGCGGUGAUCGUGGCCUCCAGCGGACUGCUCCUCAUGAUCGAGCGGGGCAUCCUGGCCGAGAUGAAACCCCUUCCCCUGCACCCUCCCAACCGCGAGGGCGCGCCCUGGCGCCAGGCCCUCCCCAGGCCUGGGGGCCUGUCCUUGGAGGCCGGGGACCCGGACUUGCAGGUGAGGCAGGACGUCCGGAACCGGACCCUGAGGGCAGUGUGCGGACAACCAGGCAUGCCCCGGGACCCUUGGGACUUGCCCGUGGGACAGCGGCGCACCCUGCUGCGCCACAUCCUCGUGAGUGACCGCUACCGCUUUCUGUACUGCUACGUCCCCAAGGUGGCCUGCUCCAACUGGAAGCGGGUGCUGAAGGUGUUGGCGGGCGUCCUGGACAACGUGGACGUACGCCUCAAGAUGGACCACCGCAAUGACCUGGUGUUCCUGGCCGACCUACGGCCCGAGGAGAUCCGCUACCGCUUACAGCACUACUUCAAGUUCCUGUUUGUGCGGGACCCGCUGGAACGCCUCCUGUCUGCCUACCGCAACAAGUUUGGCGAAAUCCGAGAGUACCAGCAGCGAUACGGGGCGGAGAUCGUGAGGCGGUACAGGGCUGGCGCCGGGCCCAGCCCUGCAGGGGACGAUGUCACCUUCCCCGAAUUCCUGAGAUACCUGGUAGAUGAGGACCCUGAGCGCAUGAAUGAGCACUGGAUGCCUGUGUACCACCUGUGCCAGCCUUGCGCCGUGCGCUAUGACUUCAUAGGCUCCUAUGAGAGGCUGGAGGCUGAUGCCAACCAGGUGCUGGAGUGGGUGCGGGCACCGCCCCAUGUCCGGUUCCCAGCCCGCCAGGCCUGGUACCGGCCGGCCAGCCCCGAGGGCCUGCACUACCACCUGUGCAGCGCCCCUCGGGCCCUCCUGCAGGAUGUGCUACCCAAGUAUAUCCUAGACUUCUCCCUCUUUGCCUACCCGCUGCCUAACGUCACCAGGGAGGCCUGUCACCAGUGACCAUGGGUAGGGGCCAGCAGCUGUUGGUGACGGGUGUUGACAAUGCCAGCUGCCUGCCAUUUAGAGAAACCUUGGCUCUGGGGACUUGGGGCUUCUCCAGAUGCCUGGAUGGCUGGGACUGCCCUUGGAAGUUCCUUGUCCAGGGUGGGUACCCACAGCAGCUCAGAGUUCAGGGUCAGUUGGACAGGAGGCCUGGGGUUCCCCGCUGGGGGGAUUUCUUAGGGGCUGAGUGACCUUUCCUGCCCUGGCCCGGGCUAGACACCAGUUUGCCAGCAAAGCAACGCAUCUGUUCUGAAGAUUGGCCCCAGGCUCCUGGCUGCAGGGACUGUGCCGUCCACUUCAUCUACCUUAACCUGUGGCCAAACCUAGAGGUGACACCAGUCAGGAGAAUGACGGGGCAGGGAUGGGGGUUGGUGGUGGUACUGGGCUCUGAUCACCAUUCAUCUACUCCCUGCGCCUCGGGGCUGCAGGCAGCAUUCGUGCCUUAUAAAUGACUUCUGUGCCUUUCUGCUUCAGACUCAGAAUUUCCUGCACUUUCCAGAUUCUUUCCGUUUCUCCAAGGAGAGGAAAACUGAGUCAGGGCCCUUGCCUGGUAGCUCCAGGACCUGGCCCUGCACACAUCCAAAGAUCCCCUGUGCCCAGCCUUUCUUGGC